CGCCCGGCUCCACUGGACUCGCGCUGCUUCCGGGUGUGCGCGGAGCGCAGGGGCGGUGCCCCAGUCUGAGCCGCCCCGUCCGUCCCGGUGUCCCGCCUCCCGGGCUCCCUGCGGUUCCUUCCCGCCACUGUCCGCAGCUAGACCCCAGCCUCUGGGCAAAACCCACCUGAUCCGCUGAGCAGCAGAAGCCCCACGCCGCCCCCUGCCAUGAUCGAGCCUGGAGAACAACUGCCUGAGGAGGUGCUGGCGCUCAUCUUCCGCCACCUGCCCCUGAGGGAUCGCGCCGCUGCCGCGAAGGUCUGCAGAGCUUGGGCUGCUGCUGCCACCUGCAGCGCUGUAUGGCAUGAUACGAGCAUCAGUUGCGACUGUGAGCUAGAAGGCAUGCUGCCGCCAUAUCUGUCCGCCUGCCUGGACCAUGUUCAGAAUCUACGGCUGGAAUUUGAACCGUCGAGGGAGCGGAGCCGCCGGGCGGCCACAGAGUUGUUAACCGCCCUGGCGGCCUGUACCCCCGGGCUGCGAGGCCUGUGCCUGGAGUGCCGCGGAGAAAAGCCACUCUUCGACUCCGGCCACGACGUCCUGGACGCCGUGCACGCCCUCUGUAGGGCCGCCGGCGCGCUGCGCCACCUCGAUCUGCGGCGCUUGCCCUUCACACUGGACGACGCGCUGGUGCUGCAGGUGGCACACGGCUGCCCGGAGCUCCGCAGCCUUUUCCUGGAUAACAGUACGCUGGUGGGCAGCGUGGGGCCGGGCUCCGUACUGGAGCUACUAGAGGCCUGCCCGUGCCUGCGCGCCCUCGGCCUGCACCUGGCCAGCCUGUCGCGCACCGCGCUCGAGACACUGGCCGCGCCAGACCGCGCGCCUUUCAAGCUCCUGGCCCUGCGGUGCGCGUGUCCCGACGACGCACGCGCGCCCCCCCUGCCUAACGAAGCCUGGGCCGAAUUGAGCCGCCGCCACCCUGGACUGGCCGUAGAGCUGGAGCUGGAGCCGGCGCUGCCUGCCGAGAGCGUGACGCGCGUCCUGCAGCCUGCCGUGCCCGUGGCUGUGCUGCGCCUCAGCCUCUCUGGGGACACUGUAGGCCCGGUGCGCUUCGCAGCGCGCCACUACGCCGCAACUUUGCGCGCGCUCGAGGUGCGCGCCGCCGCCUCAGCCGACUUGGAUGCCGCGAUGGAGGAGCUGGCAGCGCGCUGCGCGGGCCUGCGUGAAGUGCACUGCUUUUGCGUGGUGCGACCCUCCGUGCUGCACGCCUUCCGCACGCACUGCCCGCGCCUGCGCAGCUACACGCUCAAGCUAACGCGGGAGCCACAUCCCUGGCGGCCCACGCUUGUGGCGUGAUGGGACAAACCCUCUUUCCCCUCCCUGCGGACGUGUGAUCUGUGAGAUGCUGCGUGGGCUUGCCCAGGGGCGCACCAGCUGCUAGCCCGCUCCUUUAGGAUUCUGUGGCUUCUUGUCCCUCUCGAGGAUUGGGGCCUGUGGGAUGGCGUCGGUACCAGCCCGAGGCGCCCCGAGUCCACUCGUUGCUCUCAACAUUUGCAGAUACUCCAACCCCAGUCCUCGGCAAAUGUUGCUCGGCGGCCCCGGCGUGGGAGGAGGGAGGGCGCUGGCUCAAACCGUGCCUCAGGGUUGAGUGUGAAAUAAACAAA